CUGAUUGUCCUGGUCAGGGUUGUGGGGGUCUGGAGCCUAUUAUUACUCUCAUAAAUUACCAUUCUUAAUUAAAACAGUAGUUUUUUUCUGACACGUUCACGCUCUCGCUUGGCACUCUUGUCCUCUUCAGGUUUCUCUCUGGAAAAUUCCACUUUUAAGAAAUAUAUUGCACCAUUUCCAGCUGAAGCACUGCUAAAAAAAAAUUUAAUUUCUUAGUGAAUCAGUGGAUUAAAAUUUGGGUGAAAAUAUGAGCUUCUGUGAGCUUUGCUGUGCAGGGCGUCAUCAGUCCAGUCCGACGCGUUUAAUUUGUUUGCGGAACUUCACCGAUUUCCUUAAGACAACAUCCAGCCCAAAACACUGUGAUCUUAUCUGUUUCCAUCUCAGGAAGGAGUAUGGAAACUAUGCUUGGCUCCUUCUGCUCCUGGGGAGCCAUCAGCUUCUGUAAUGUGUGCGAGACAUGACUGGGACUAUGGAGGUUUACUCAGGGAGACGACGGUGGUGUUGACGCCGGAAGGUUGUUGGUUCAAGCCCCACUCCUGCUGUAGUUCCCUUGAUCAAAGUACUAAUUCAAUAGAAAUAUCCAGCUGUAUGAACAGGUCACACGGGAUGUGAAUUUGAGGGGAAGCACCAGCUAGAGAAGGAAAUAAGGGAUGGACUCUGAGGAUUCGCCCCGUUCAUCCUCAACGUCGACUGUCUGGACAACAUUGUGAAGGGACUUGGAAAAUACGGUCUGUGACAUGUGGUGCGUGCGGGCUCCGCCCAUUUUUCAGGCCGCCGCCUGCGUUCAGUGCUGUCCUCACCCGGAGGACCGCGCCAUCAACGCAGAGAAAGCAAAAGUGCCAUCAUUGGCAUUUCUCGGAAACACAUAGAGAAUCCAGUUGUUGCUCUUCUGGCUCGAGCGAUGAGUGACACCAGUGUGAUGACAGCGUGGCUAUGAGAUCUAAAUCAAAACCUGACUGCCGUGCGCACCCCCGACAAUAGCAGUCGUUUUCAUACACGGUUAUCCUGUGCUACAGCAACAUUUGACCGCGUUGUUGUGUGAAGUCGUGUUUUCGCACGAAUGCUAAUACAAAUCCUUCAAGACGAUCACCUGCUGAGGGAACUGACAUCAAAGAGCAAGCUAAAUGCCUGCUUUUCUGGGCCUCUUCGGGUGAACAGAGCGGAGAUCAGCUGACAAGCUGGGUUGCUUCAGGUCCCGCCCUCUGGGGCCACGCCGCUUUUCCAUUGGUCAUUAGCACACAACUGUUUUGCAUAAGGAUUUAAUCUAAAUGUUUAUGUAACCAGAACGGAUCAUUGGGAGGAAAUAAACAGCAGGAAGGUCCGGGAAAUAAAUAAAUAAAUGAAAGGAAAAGGGGGAGAAGUGGCCAAAAAGGAACGGUAAAGUCAGAUGUGGUUUGGUCACAGUGCCAUCGCGAGCAGAGACUUCUGCUGGUCAUGGUGGGUUCCGCUCCCUGUUUGGGACCCUUCCCCAGCCAAGGUGACCCACGUUCCCCUUCAGAGCCCACCCACAGAUCAUGGACAACAGGCAAGCGCAAGAGGCUGGGAUUCAGGGGAACAUCCCUGUGACACGAGUGGAGGAACUGAGGCACCAUCUGGGUGUGUGGGAGUUGGAGGACAAUUGGAACCACAGCAGAGUCUUCAUUAGACCUUUUCUUCAGCCUGGGGCAGCAGCAAGAUUGGUGGUGCAUUUCAAGGGUGCCUGAUGAUGGGAGACUCUUAAUUUGUAGGAAUCCUUCUUCCAACACCAUGGUUGGGUCAACGUCUCACCACAACCGGUCGAUGGGCGCUUGCUUCUCCAUCAACCAUCCGCCUUUCCAGCUCAACCUCACCAUCGCCUCUGAAUAUUUCUCCACCACUUUCACCGGCCUGGGGCUCAGCUCCAACCUCAUAGCCCUCCUGGUUCUGAUCCGCGCCUACCAGAGGACCCACAGCCGCUCCCGAUCUUCCUUCCUCAUCUUCCUCACCAGCUUGGUGGUGACAGACUUCAUGGGUCUCCUGGUGACCGGCUCCAUCGUAAUCUCCUUCCACGUCACGCACUUCAACUGGGCCGAGCUGGACCCUCGGUGCCACUUCUGCAACUUCAUGGGCAUGUCCAUGGUCUUCUACGGCCUGUGUCCCCUGCUCUUGGGAGCCACGAUGGCCGUCGAGCGCUUCGUGGGCAUCAACCGGCCCUUCGCGCACUCCACCCACAUGUCCAAGAGUCGAGCUAUGUUCACAGUGCUCCUGGUGUGGGUGUUCGCUGGCUCCAUCAGCCUCCUGCCCGUGGCAGGACUGGGCAGCUACCACCUGCAGAUGCCUGGUUCCUGGUGCUUCCUGAACAUCAGCUCCCAGUCCCUUGACAUGUUCUUCUGCUUGAUCUUCUCCCUGGUGGGGCUGCUGUCGCUGAUCCUCUCCUUCGUGCUGAACACGGUCAGCGUGGUGACCCUACUGAGGGUGUGUUGCGGCCCAGACUCCGCACGCCGCCAGCGCAACCACGAGGUGGAGAUGAUGGUGCAGCUCAUCUUGAUCAUGGCCAUCGCCUCCAUUUGCUGGUGCCCCCUAUUGGUGUACAUCGCAAAAACCGCCCUGUCGGGGAAAGACCCCCAGGUCCUUCCGCUGCUGCUCUGGCUUCGCUUCGCCACAUUUAACCAGAUCCUGGACCCCUGGGUCUACAUCCUCAUCCGGCAGGCGGUGCUCAAGCGACUCUGCCCAGGGGGUCGCUGGACCCGAGCUUCCACCGUUAGCUUGUACCCCACCCUUAUCCGCACCUCUGGGCCCACCCUCAGGAGUGAAGCCAUUAGGUCAUCCCUUGUGAAGGCUCAGGUCAAGACUACGCUUCUGUAGGGCUUCGACCCAUCCUACUGAAAUAUUCAGCAUUUCUUCAUGUCUGUGUGUACAGUACACGCCCAGCAGGUCUGGGGAAACAGUCCGACGGCAGCUGGUGGAGCACCAGUUAGUCGCCUGGAGCAGCUACGCUUGUGACUAAAUGUUUUACAUUGACGCGCCAUGCGGCGUCCAGCUGCUGGACUAUAAACACAGUAUAAAUGCAUGAUAUCUAAGUUGCGUCCAUCCAUUCCUCUUGUCCCGAGUGCGGUCGCGCCGAGCCGGAGCGUUACCCGGCAACACAGGGCGCAAGGCAGGAGGGGAGGGGACAC